AUUGACACACCGAUCUGGGUCGUGGCGCUCGAUGGUACCGAUCUGAAUUUGGGCUCGAGCCAUUUUGGCUCAAGCUCUUUGGCUCAAGCCUCUUUUUUGGUCCCGCUGUUCUGAGACCGGGCGAGUCUUCUGGAGAGCGCGGUGCGCUGAGAAAUCCCAGAUGGGGGAUGGUUCGGCCGCGAAGAAAGACUCUCCGUUCACCCUCGCCCUCAUUGCCGGUGGCAUCGCGGGAACGUCCGUAGACGUGUCCCUGCACCCCCUUGACACGCUGCGCACGCGGCUGCAGUCCACCCAGGGCUUCUGGGGGGCAGGGGGCUUCCGCGGCAUGUACAAGGGGAUCCUGUCGGCCGCGCUGGGCUCCGCGCCCGGCGCCGCCGCCUUCUUCAGCACCUACGAGACGGCCAAGCAGGUGAUGAAGGGCCUCAACUCAGGCAGGGAGGAGCACUGGACGCAGCACGCCUUCGCCUCCUCCUGCGGCGAGGUGGCCGCGUGCCUGGUGCGCGUGCCGACGAACGUUUGCACCCAGCGGCUGCAGGUGGGGCAGUACUCGACCCUCUCCGAAGUGGUGUCCGACACUCUCAGGACCAGGGGCAUCCGCGGGUUCUACGUCGGCUAUGGGACGACCGUCGCUCGGGAGAUCCCGUUCUCGUUCAUCCAGUUUCCCAUCUACGAGCAGAUGAAGACCACGUGGGCCGACUGGCAGGGGAAGCCGACGAAUCCCGUCCAGGGCGCGAUGUGUGGGUCCGCGGCGGGCGCGAUCGCCGGAGGCCUGACCACGCCCCUGGACGUGGCGAAGACGAGGAUCAUGCUGGACAAGCCCGAGGAGGGGGCCGAGCCGAAGUACAGGGGCACGGUGAGCACGCUGCGGCUCAUUGCGGCCGAGGAGGGCCCACUGGCACUGUACAAGGGCAUCGCCCCGAGGGUGACCUGGAUCACGAUAGGCGGCUUCAUCUUCUUCGGCGCUUAUGAGACAGCCACCAGCGCCCUCUGGACGACGGGCGUGUGGUGAGGCCGGAGCGCCUAUCGUGCUGGCGUGUUGUGCCGCUUGCAGAUGUUGCUGCGCUCUUGGUCGGAUUGGCAUAUAUAAGCCGGGUCACAUCGGCUCGCAGUUUUUGCGCGGUCUUUUUUCGAAAUUAAGGGCCACCAGGUGAUGAUGUUCUCCAGUGCUCGCCACCUCAUUUAUUUCGUGCUGCAGAGGGUCAACUUGAUCGCCAGUGGCAGCAUUUCCGCUUCGCUGGGCCAUGUCGCAUGCUCAAUGCUUUGCCAUUCAGCGGGGAACGUCUCCAUGCAUUGGUUGAUGGCCAGUGUGGGGGCAAGAACGAGCGACACGAAUAUACGCGAAUUCCAAGUUUUGAAUCGAGGCAUUGUAAAGUGUGGAUCGAAGUGGGGUCACGUCGACUGCCAGAAAAAAAUCGUGGCGCUGGAUAGUUUGGACAUUACACUUGUCAGAAAACGCAUUCUUCAAUGCCAUGAGAAGGUUGCCGAGUUUCGGACACCCUUGCGUCUGGGC